AUGGACGGGCUCUGUGUCGAAGAGAUCUCUGUAGGGCUGGGUGUUGGAGAACCAGUGGGAGGCGAAGGUCCAGAUUCUGACGGAGUGGGAACUGACGGAGUGGGAAUUGAUGGAGUGGGAAUGGAGGGAGUAGGCAGUGAUGGAGUGGGAAUUGGAGGAGUGGGAAUUGGAGGAGUGGGAAUUGAAGGUCCAGAGAUAGAUCCAGUUAUGCUUGGAGUGGCACUCGAGCCAGUAUCCAUAGAUGACGAUAGGCCUGACGUCGUACUGGUUAGGCUGGCGCUCGAGAUUGUUGAAGAAGAGCCAGCAGUCAAGGAGAUAGAAGUCGAGGAGCCAGAAGCUGGAGAGCUGGACAUUUGGGAACUAGGCAGGGACGAGCUGCUUGGAAAGGUGCUAGACACCAAAGAACUGCUCGUGGGCGGAGGAAUAUUGGUCUGUGAGGAUGUGCUGCUUGAAGAAGAUAAAGAGACAGAGCCAGACAAGGUCGUGUCUGUUGAUUUCCACACAGUGGGUGUCUGGCUUGACAUGGCGGCUGAUGAGCUAGAGCCUGAGCUCUGUCCAGGUGGGACGACCGCUGUUGGAGACGAGGGGCUCGUUAUGAGGCUCGAGUUGGACCAGGUGGAACUUGGUGUGAAGCUAUCCACAGUACUGCUCACUGAUGGCACCACACUGAUUGGAGCUGAAGUUGGCCAUCCCAGUGACGUGGAAGGUUGGGAGCUGCCGUACGUUUCACUUUUGGCGCUGCCAACUACUGAACUCCCGCCGGAUGUGGAAAGAGUGGAUGGCGAGGUCGGCAAGCCAGGUACGUAA